AUGGAUCGGAACGAGCAGGCCGAGGCGGCGCGGCGCGACGAGGGGCGAGAAGAUCGAUUCGGCGAAUACGAAGAGCGCGAGGAGAGCGGGGAGAGCGGGGAGAGCGGGGACGAGGGGACAGAGAAGAUCGUGGCGGAAGCAGGGGAGAAAGGGGAGGAAGCGGGUGGGGAAGGGGAGGAGGUUGAGGAGGAGGAGGAGGAGGAGGAGGAGGAGGAGGAGGAGGAGGAGGAGGAAAAGGUGGAUUAUGGAGAAGACGAGAUUGAUAGAGAGGAAUACGAGGGGGAGGGUAAGGAGGAGCGGGAGGGGGGAAAUGGCCGAAAUGCAGAAAAGACGAGGGAAGAGGGGGCGGGUAAAGAGGAGGAGGAGGAAGAGGAAGGGAAGGAGGCGGAGGAGGGGGAAGAGGAGGAGUCGGAUGAGGAGAGUGAGGAGGGGGAAGAGGUGUGGGAGGGAAGGGAGCAGUCAAAGUCAGUGCAGGAGGGGGGUGAUGGAUGGAUGGAUGAAGAUGGCGAGGAGGAAGAAGAGGAGGAGGAAGAAGAGGAGGAGGGGGAGGAUGUGGAGGAGGAGGAGGAGGACGACGAGGAAGAAGAGGAAGAAGAAGAGGAGGAAGAAGAGGAGGACGGGGAGGGGGAGGAGUUGAUGGAGGCGGAGAGGGCAGUGAGGGAGAGGGAGGUGAGGGGCGUGCGGGUGGAGGGCUUCCGUGUGGUGCGCCGCUCGGGCACUCGCCUGCACUUCUGCGCCAAGUGCCACUUCCCCAUCGCCUCCUACGGCCGCCUUGUAACCUCUCCCCACUGCCUCGCGCACCUCACCUCCCCCCACUGCCUCGCGCACCUCACCUCCCCCCACUGCCUCGCGCACCUCACCUCCCCCCACUGCCUCGCGCACCUCUCCCCACUGCCUCACGCACCCCUCCUCUUUCACCUCCGCACCCCCCCUCCUUCACCUCUGCACCCCUCCUCUUUCACCUCCGCACCCCCCCUCCUUCACCUCUGCACCCCUCCUCUUUCACCUCCGCACCCCCCCUCUUUCACCUCUGCACCCCCCCUCUUUCACCUCUGCACCCCUCCUCUUUCACCUCCGCACCCCUCCUCUUUCACCUCCGCACCGCUCCUCUUUCACCUCCGCACCCCUCCUCCUUCACCUCUGCACCCCUCCUCUUUCACCUCCGCACCCCCCCUCCUUCACCUCUGCACCCCUCCUCUUUCACCUCCGCACCCCCCCUCUUUCACCUCUGCACCCCCCCUCUUUCACCUCUGCACCCCUCCUCUUUCACCUCCGCACCCCUCCUCUUUCACCUCCGCACCCCUCCUCUUUCACCUCCGCACCGCUCCUCUUUCACCUCCGCACCCCUCCUCUUUCACCUCCGCACCCCUCCUCUUUCACCUCCGCACCCCUCCUCUUUCACCUCUGCACCCCUCCUCUUUUGCCUCCGCAACCCCCCUCUUUCACCUCCACGUUCCCUCCUCAUUCUCCUCUCUCCCACUCCCUUCUGAGCUAGGCAUGAGCACGGCACCCUCUACAUCUGCGCUGCACCCAACUUCUACACCUUGUUCCUUUGCCCCCCAUGCCCAUCCGCACUCUUAUUUCUCCCUCCCUCCCUCCCUCGCUCCGUCCCUCAUUCCCUCUCUCCCUCCCACCAGGUGCCUGGCGCCUAUCACAGCAGUGCACCCUGUCUCCGCGUACCAAGGAGGCCUCUACAUCUGCGCCGCCCCCAACUGCUUCCUCUCCUUCCCCCGCCUCUCUCUCCUCUCCUCCCACACCCGCUCCGCCCACCCAUCGAUCGCCCCCCACCCCUCCCGCCCCCACCUCCUCCUCCCCACUCCUCCCUCACUCACUCCCGCCACCUCGCCUGAAAGUAUAUGCGCGAUGGGAGGGGCGGAGGGAGGGGAGGAGGGGCAUGAAGAGGGGUGGCAUGGGCAGGGCUUUGGGCGGUCAGUGUUGGCGGAUGGGGGAGGGAAGGCAGUCGCAGUGGCAGGGGCGACAGCAGGGCUAGCAGGAGCAGCAGCGAUGGCAGCGGCAGUAGCAGCCGGAGCAGCAGGAGCGGGAUCAACAGGAGGAGCAGGAGCAGGGGGAGGAGGGGGAGGUUCAGGUGGAGUGGUUGGGGGGUCUGGGCCGAGUAGAGCAGGUGCAACUGCUGGGGUCCCUGCGAGUCCCUCUGGCGGUGUUGCUGGUGGGAGGCUGGGCGGAGGAAAGGCAGGAGGGGGCGGAGGAAUAGCAAGGGGAGGAGGGGGUGGGGGAGCCGGGGGUGGUGAAAGGGGAGCAGUGGGGGCAGUGGGGUCAGGUGCGGCUGGUGGAAGCACACUCAGUGCAGGGCGGGCAUCCCCCACUGCUGCUCCCCUUCCCCCUUCACCUGCUGCCCUCAGGCCCUCCGCUUCCCCCCACGCCCCACCUGCUUCCCCACACGCCCCAGCCUCCCUCCCCCCUCCCCUCCCGCCGCCCGCGCGCCAGCCACCCCUCCCUCUGCACUCUGCUGCGCCCCCUCUUCCCUCUCCUCCAGAAUCUGCUCGUUCAGGCAGCUUUGCCCCGCUUGCACCCUCAUUGUCUCCCAUGCAGCUGCAGCAGCAGCAGCAGCAGCAGCAGCAGCAGCAACAACAGCAGAAGCACCCUCCACUUCCGCCUCCCCCUUCAUCCCUCCCCUCCUGCCCCCUUCCACCUCCCUCACUCGCUCCCUCAAACCUCCCCUCCCAACCCAACCCUCCUCCUGUCCCCCGCCCCCCUACCCUCCCUCAACCUCCCCUUCCACUGUCUGCUCCUCCUGCCUCCCCUUCCUCUACCUUCUUCUCUUCGCACACCCACUCUCCAUCCCACCCUCCUCUCCCUCCCAGCAGCAGUGCAUUCCAAUCCACUCCCCCUAAUCCUCCUCAUUCUGGCUUUCCUUCUCCCUCUCUCAAUCGUCCUCCUCUCCCUCCACCUCCCACCCCUUCCACCCCUCCCAACCCCCCUCAAUCCACCCGUCAACCUCCCCUCCCUCCUCACUUCCCUUCCGCGCCCUCAUCUCUCCCACCCCAAUUCUCCUCUCCCCCUGCCCCUGCUCGCCCCCCCACUAUGCCCCCUCUCCCUGCCAACUACCUGCCUGCCACACCACCCACUCCCUCCUACCCUCCCUCUUCCCCGUCGCCCUCCCACCAACAGCAGCAGCAGCAGAACCAGCAAGCUCAGAAUUCCCGCAUUAUGGGAGGAGGCAUGGGAGGAGGUAUGGGAGGAGGUAUGGGGGGAGGCAUGGGAGGAGGCAUGGGAGGAGGCAUGGGAGGAGGCAUGGGAGGAGGCAUGGGAGGAGGAAUGGGAGGAAUGGGAGGAGGUAUGGGAGGGAUGGCGCGAGAUGGAGGUGCCUUUGCAGGGGGGCAAUUCUUCCCCCAAGGGCCCUCUUCAGGGGGGCUGGGUGCUUUUGCUGGUGGCCCUGAUUUGGUAACCACAAUGCGCGACAUUCUAGGAGGCAACAAGAAGGCCACCAUUCUCAUGCCCCUGCCCAACGCCAUGGAUGCUGUGGUGGGCGGUGCAGUGACAGUCUGUAACGGGUACACUACAGACGAAACUACACUCUAUCAAAUCAUUGACGGAUAUAAAUCACACGCGGAUCUGCUAGCGGGUGCUCCUGGCACGCAG